GUGGAAUCUCGUGGCGUCUAUAGUCGGCCAUUAUUGGUGUUGGCGGCCUAUCAGGGCAGCAUUAUGUCGACCCUGUCAGAAAAGGAGCGACACAAGCUCACCCAGGAGAAGUGUCAGAGCAUUCUGUCUGACCUGCUAAAGGAUGAAGACAACAAGUACUGCGUGGACUGUGACGCCAAAAGUCCCAGAUGGGCAUCAUGGAACCUGGGUAUCUUCUUGUGCAUCAGAUGUGCUGGUAUCCACCGCAACUUGGGUGUUCACAUCUCUAAGGUGAAGAGUGUCAAUCUAGACACUUGGACACCUCAACAAGUUGCUUGUAUUCAACAGAUGGGCAACAGCCGAGCACGAGCUGUUUAUGAGGCCAACAUUCCUGACAGUUUUCGUCGGCCACAGAUGGACUCUGCUCUAGAGCAGUUUGUCCGAGCCAAAUACGAAGCCAAAAAGUACAUUGCCCGAGAGUGGGUGCAGCCUCCAAUGCCUAACCCUACCUGGGAUCUUGAACUUGAAAAACAACUCAGAAAGAAGAAAAGAGAAAAGAGCAGUGGGACUGUGGAACUACCAGCAUUAGUAAGUAACUCCAGCAACCGAGGAACCAGUGCCUCCCCCAAGCCCCUACCAAAGGCUCCUGGAAGCAAGAGCUCCUCACCUUCACCUAGUACAGGUGUCAAGAAUGCUACUGCUACUACUUCCUCUUCCUCAGCAACAUCAGCAUCCUCCAGUGCCACACAGGACUUGUUGGGAUUAGAAACUGUAACAACCAGCAAUACUGCACCAUCAGAUGAAUCAGAUCCUUUCGGAGAAUUUCUGGGACCCCCCACAGCUCAGACCACUCCUUCCACUGCUUCCAAUUCCACAUCAGCACCAACUGAUUCUGUAAAGACAGAAGAGGAAAACUUUUUCAAUCAGAAAUUACCUGAGAGUGGAUCUGGCCAAGACAAGUUAACCAAAGAUUCAAUCUUGGCACUCUAUGGCCAAACCCCAGCCCAGCCCCAACCUUCCCCAGGAAUGUUUGGGAUGCCUGGUGGAGUAUACAUCGCCCCUACUGGUGCACCUACACCCAUGCCUUCUCAGCCUUUAGGGCAACCACCACCAGGCAUGCAGAAUGGUGGAGUGGUGCCUCAGCCUCAACAGCAGAACAUGAUGUUCAUGGCCCAGACUGGAAUGCCUGUUGGGGGUGGUGUUCCCAACCCAUUUUUCCCUAAUGGGUUGCCUCAGGCUGUCCAACUCUCAGCAGCUAACCCCUUUGCACAGAUGCAAUCUCAGUUGGCCAAUCUCAAUAUAACUGGACAGUCAGGUCAACCCCACCCUGGUUUUGUUGGAACCACCCCUGGUAUCAUGGGAAGCAUGGGAAUGGGUAUGCCUGGGGGCAUUCCUACAGGAUCCUUGGGUGCCAGUACUAUGCCCAGUUCUGUGACAAGCGGAGGUUUUCCAUCAGCUACCAGCAGUGGGACUGGUGGAGGGAACACUACCUUGGCUACCAAACUGUGGCAAUAACUAGGGUGUGGUCUAGGAGAAUACUGUGCUACCACCCUCACACUCCCUUGCUGCCAGAACCAAGCCACUGUAAGUUGAACCAGGUGAGUGCCCUGCCUCUUACCUGAAAGGAUUCUUAAUUGCUGUAUCUUCAAAUAUGACCACCUCUAGAAUUACUGUCAUACAUUUUCUACUAUGUCACAGACCUGCUAAUACCUGCUGUAAGGGCAGAGACAUUGUUGUGGGAAGAUUUUCAUCAGCAGGUACCAGGGAACACUAAUAUGUGAUUCAUGUCUAAAGUUAUCUCAGUAUUUUGUGGUCAUUAAUUGCUGCAUACCUACGUGUAUACUGUUAUGAGAAAAGUAUAUUUGUGUGUUGGAAAUAUGUUGACUGAUGUUUGAAGUGUUUUAAUACAGUUUAAAGAAUACAUGCAUUUUGUGUUUACAAAGAAUGUAAAUAUUAUGUAUUGGUAAAUAGAGUACCAGGCCUGAGUGUGCUGGCAAUACUCUGCAUCUCAAGUUCUUCAUUUAUGGACCUUUCCUUGGAGGAGUGCAAGUUGUUGUGAAAUGUUUGUGGUUAUGUUAGAUGUGAUUUUGUCACUGCACAUUUUGCCCUUGCCCUGCAUGCACUUUGAAAAGCAGGGAGUUGACCAAGUGAACAGUUCAGUACAUACUACAUGGUCACACACACACACACACACACACACACACACACACACACACACACACACACACACACACACACACACACACACACACACACACACACACACACACACACACACUGUUAGAGUUUCAUUUUAUAUGCAUUAUUUUGAUAAUUUGAUUGUACCCAUUUCUUUUAAGAAUUAUCAGGAUCCAGACUAUUUCCAUAAUUUAUAAUGCUACAAGUUGCUCAUUGAUGAAGGAUUCUAUUUUCUUUGUAUCAUUUUAACACAAAAGUCUUCUAAUUAACCAGCCUAAUCCUUUCAUCAUAAAUACAUAAUGUGCAGUAGAAAAAUAAAGGGAUACAUUGAACCUUAACAUUUGCUUCAGAUAUGGUUGAUGUUUCUGAGGGUAAAUGCAUGUAGAGUAUGAAAGUGUAAGUUUAAAACUUAUUGUAUGCUUACUAUAUAGGUUUUCAGUUGAAAUAAUUUAUGGUUAGAAGUUUAUAUAUAUAUAUAUAUAUAUAUAUAUAUAUAUAUAUAUAUAUAUAUAUAUAUAUAUAUAUUUGUGUGUGUGUGUGUGUGUUUGUGUUAGAGAGAGAGAGAGAGAGAGAGAGAGAGAGAGCGAGCCUGUGUGUAUGACAUUCUUUUCAGAAUGGGUGUGACUGAGAAGCCAUACAAUUUCUGUUUAUGUAAUGUUUUUUUUUCAUGAUCAGUUUCAUGUGACAUGAAAUUCCUGACAUUGAAUACCAUCAGGAAAGCAAAAAAACUACCUGCCAAAGCUGACUCCUAAAUGGCACACAAAGAUAGGAAUUCAAGACAAGUAUCUAAAAACGUUUUUGGCACACCCUUUCCCAAUAUUCUAUAUAUUGUGUUUGGCCACUGAUUUUCCAGUACUAUUUCUUCAGGUGCAGUACAUUUUAAAGUAAUUGAAUUUUUUUUACUAUGUGUUGAUUUGUUUCCAUAAACAAAAUUUUACCUUUGUUACAUUGCAUAUUAUAUAUGUGUUCCUUUACUUUGUAUGAUAACAUAUCAGUGGAAACAACUCUGUAGAGUUAUGCUGGUCACUUGUCAUGUUUAAACAUUUCCUUUGUUUCAUUCUGAAAAAGAUAAUUUAAUUGCAUUCUUUGCUUAUAAUUUGGACAAGACUAAAACAUCUGGUGGCCAUUAAUGAAUGCUCUACUUCAGUAUUAGUUUUUGUAUUGUUAUAAAUGAGACCUUUUAAUAACAUAGUGUGCCAACCACCACAUAAAGAAAAUUGAGAUAAAUGCAUUUGUAGUUGUACUACUUUUGAAUUGUUUUAACUUAGAAACCAGUGAAUAUUCUUUAAUAUUUUUUUCAUUAUUUAGCUUAACAUUCUUCCAUUCACUUCAUACUAAAUCUGCUAUGAAAUAUAUAUAUAUAUAUAUAUAUAUAUAUAUAUAUAUAUAUAUAUAUAUAUAUAUAUAUAUAUAUAUAUAUAUAUAUUGGUAGUUACGAUAGCUUCCUUUUCCUCAAGCAUAGAUAUUGAGAGAUAAACUGUUCCCUCAGUAAACAUUUAUUAUGAACAAACCAACCAAAAAUAUCAAUGGGAAUUGCUCAUAAAAUCUAAAUUGAUGUAUUUUGUACAUUUAUAGGAGACAAAAAAACCAUCUACAAAAAUACAUACUUCCUUUUUACUCAUUUGGAAAUCAAGCAAAAGUUCAAGGGAGUGUAAUUUCAUUUGUAGAGUCAUUCAUAUUGCCAAAGAGGUAAAGGAAACCCUCAAGCAGCAGUGAAAACAGCUGUGUUAAUUAGAACCCAGUCAUUGUGGUAAAGAUCAUAACACUCAAAAGGAAGUGAAACAAAGGAAUGCUCAGAUCAGAGUUGCCAUUGUUUACAUUACCCGUUUUUUGUAUGUUUUCCCUAUUUUACCCAUGCAAUCACAUACUAAAAUAUUUCAUCAAGCUAGAAUAAUGUUAAAAUCAUUAAUGCUGUAAAUAAGACCAUUCAGACUUCAAGAGACUUCAAGACAAUGAUAUAAAGAAUGCUGUUGAUGUCUGGAAACAUCAAACAGCAUGUGGCUGGUGACUGAUGGUGCACACUGAAUAGAAUGAAGGCACCUGGAACAUCCAGGCAAAGCAGAUGAUGAUAUGUUUCUUGAGGGGAGUUUUGGCCAUAAUGCAGUUUGCACUUUGUGCCUCAUAGUUGCUCUUCAGAUGAAAGACACACAGUGCUACACUUAAUUUGAUUUUCCUACCAGAGGCGUUUGGCACAUAGUUUUAUUAGGGGCCUCAAAUAGCUUCGAGAAAAACGUGAGUAUAAUGGAGAGAUACUUUGCAUGUGCUUUGUUAAUCCCUGACUGGGCAAGAUUACCCAUACCAGAGAUUGUACUUACAAGAGAACUUUAUAAUAUCUCUAAUUCUUGCCUAACCAUCAUUUCUGUAGUUUUUCAUUUACAACAGGUUGUGCCCAAAGCAUGUGUGAUGGUAUCUAAAAAACAAAAGUAUUGUGAUGAGACAUUUGUGCAGUCUGGCUUGGCACAGGUUCCUAUGGUGCUGGAAGAUCCAUGGUCAAUCUACUUGUAUAUCCAUAAUUUGAAUGAAUUGGCAAGAUAUCUUGCUGGUUGGCCAUAUCAUUCCAUGAAAGAACUCAGUCAGACAUAAGAAUUGUUUGUCACAUAUAUAAUGGUUCUUGAUUUUGUUAGUCUUAGUUUUUGUGGUGGAUUUUCCUUUGUGCUUUGGCAUCAGAGACUUCCUUUACCCUUGCAUCAUCAAACAAAAGCAAUAAGCAGCACUCAUGGGUACAAGAUAACUUUAUUGUUUCAGUCUAGCAAAAACCUCAGAAAAGAAUACUGUGGGCGAAUUUCCAGAGUUUCUUAUUUAUUUUCAGCUUUAAUUUUCAAGGAGUUUGCAUGGAUUUUUCUGUUCUUCAAAACUUCCCUAUAUUUUCUUUACAUGUUCCUUAAUCCAUGUCCUGAGGCUGUGCUCAAUCCAUCCAUGGAAGCAUACCAUGAUUGAUCUAAUGCACUGCUGAUUUUUACAAUUACAUCAAAAUUCAAUCUGAUGAAUAAGUAUGAAAGAUAUCUUUAAUAUACUAAAUUCCAGAUCUAGCUAUGUAUGUUGUGAACCAUACAUCCAAAACAUUUUGUGUAUAAAGGUUUUGUUGUAAUGUAAAAACUUUGAUGACCUUAAGUGUAAUCUCAUAAUGAGCAAAAUGUAUCAACUUGUUUCUUAAUUGUUAUAUCUUUACUAAUUCUAGGAGUGUUUAUUCAGAGUACAAUAGUAAUCAACAAAUUACAUCUGCUGAAUUUCUAUUUGUUUAUUUAUUGUCUGAAUAUCAAAUCUGAGUUUAUGUUUGGCAACAUAUGAAGGAGUGGUUUGGUAUUUCUGGUUUGAGAUAAUAAUUCAUGCAGUAGAACUGGCUGUAUUAUCAUUAAUGUUUUUGUGAUUAUGAUUAUUAUUACUAUUACUAUUACUAUUAUUAUUAUUAUUAUUAUUAUUAUUAUUAUUAUUAUUAUUAUCAUCAUCAUCAUUAUUAUCAUAUCAUUAUUCUCUUCAAGAGGAUGUCAGCUUGGACAAGUUCCAUUAUACUGUAAAUGUGGAUUACAUAGAAAUUCAAAAUUUCAGAUUUAGAACUUCUUAGUUUCAAGACUACCCAGAAUUCCAGUGUUAUGAAAAAACAAAAAUGCAACAAGUAGUAUUAGUUUAUUAUUGGGAUUGCAGCAUUGUUAGAUAAAAUGUUGUCUUGUAAGCUCUUUCUUAUCAACAUCUCAUAACUUAGUUUGGCUUGAGCUUCCUAUGAUAACAGUGACUGUAUCCCCUCCCUUGGCAUGACAAGCAGCUGAUGCAUGGUUUUCAUCAUAUACCUAUCUUGUUUAUAACAUAAGAUUAGUUUGUAAUUAAUUGUUUUCAUUGUCGAUAUUAUUUUUUCUCUUAUUAUAAUUCAUAACUAUUGAUAUAUUUAAAUUUUAGUAAUAGUUGAAUAAGUGGUAUUUUACUGUGGAUGGUCUUUUUGUCCUUUUUCUUGGGUGCCGCAUCAUUGUUGCAAGAAAAAAGCAUAUGUAAAAAAGUUUAAUUUCCCAGAAUGUUAUUGUCAUUUAGUAGAUCAUAAGGAAUACGGAAUGCCACCAUUAUUGUGCUCUUACACCCCAGAAUGGUAGUGGUGUGAACAAGACUGUGUUCUUAUGUGUUCACAAAGAUCAUUACCUUCUCAUAUCAUAGAAUUGCUUGUUCUGACCAAGGUGUGUGGUGAUGCAUCUCUGUUUCUUUGAUUAUUUCCUAUAACGUCUGACCUCUUCUGUUGUUUCUCUCAUCUGAUACCAAUCCUUGUAACAAAUAUAAAAUUGAACAUCUCAUGUUCAGUGAGAAGUUACCAUAUUAAUCCGGUGUCCCAUCAUUCAUUUUUUUUUCUAAUCUGGUUUGAUUUUGCUAUCAUUUGUGCCUAGCAGUCUCACUGAUUACUAGAAUUUUAUUUGUGCUAUUUGUUGGGUGGCAGUAGUCAUUAGUGUGUUAUUCAGUCAGUUAUUCAGCAAUAAUAGCAAGUUGUGUGUGAUGGGAGACAAGAUUGAAGUGACAGAAAAAUUCCAGAUUUGCUUGAUUUCUCCCUUUUCUUUUCCCAUUCUUCUCUCAAGGUGCUGCUGAGCCCUCAGGAAGUGUGACCAUGUUUUGCUUUGUGAGUGUGCAAUGUGAGGUGCUGAUUAUGUGUGACUGAGGAAGUCAGUUAUUCUGUACAUAAUUGAAAUUGGGUGAGGGUGAAUUUUACAAUAAUUUAGACACUCAGCAUGCACUUAAUUUGUACACAGCAGUUUUUCAUGAUAUAUGCUCUCAUGUAUAUGACUUCAAAUAUCUCUUGCUCUACCCAUAUCUCAUAUCUGUCUUCCCAGUCCCAUCACACACACACACACACACACACACACACACACACACACACACACACACACACACACACACACACACUUAUCAGUACAAGUUCUUGAAAAACACACUAGUCAACAGAAAUAAUUUUAAUGUUCAAAUGCGUGAAGACAGUAAAAUAAUAGCGGCGACUCCUUGGCCUUUGUGAUGGUAAGAUGCAGCACAUCAUACUGCAUCAAAGACAUGUACUCGUAUUCUCACAUAUCACAGUAAGUUGCACUAAUACACUUCUUGGUAUAGAAUAAAAAUACUCAAUUAAAUUUGUAGCCUUGUCUGUAUCCAGUAAAUAUGUUCUCAUAAGCUUAAAUUUUCCUCUUCAAAGUUUCCCUCAGAAUUUUUAAUAAUUUCACAUAAAUGCAAUAUCUAGCACCUGAUAACAGGCAAAGCUAAGUAAACGUGGCUUUGUUUAUGAUUAGAUUCUAGAUCAAACAUAGAACUAUUGGUUGUUCUCAUACCACAAAAAAUUAUACCUUUAACCACAAACUUUCCUCUUCAUUUGUCAGAUACCAUUGCUCCUUGAUUAUUAUAAGUUAUAUUUAGAUUGAUUUGAUUUGUAAAAAGACAUUGUUUUAAUUGCAUAAGAAAGUAGAUGAUGUACAAAUUUGAUUUUAUGUAUUCAUUCAAAGAAACUACGUAUGGUUCCUUUAUUGCCUUACAAGAUGUUGAAAAAAAGCCUCAUUGUAUCAGAAAAGUGUAUUGAUAUUGCUUUGGUAUUACUAAAAAAUUGACUCUUU